CCCCGGCUGCCGCGGCCGGUGCGGGGCUGGAGGGAGCGGGGCGGGCCCGGGGCCUCGGAGCCCCGUCGUGCCGCCGCCGCAGAUGGAGGCCAGCCUGACGUGCGCCGUGUGCCUGUCCCUCUUCGAGGAGCCGGUGACGCUGCCGCUCUGCUCACACAACUUCUGCCGGGACUGCGUGCUCGAGUGCCUGGCCUCGGCGCAGCACCAGCAGCGGGGGCCGGGGCCGGGGCAGGGCCAGGCCCGGCUCUCCCGAAGCGGGCCGGGGCCGGGAGCGGGGCCGGGCGGCGGCGGGGGCCGGGUGCCGUGCCCGCUGUGCAGGAAGCUCAGCCCGCUGCCCCGCGGCGGCGCGGCCGCGCUGCCCGUCAACACCACGCUGGCGGAGGUGGUGAAGCUCUACCGCUCCGGCGCGGCCGGGGAGCCCGAGCGAGGCCAGGGGCAGGGCCCGGGGCCGGGGCAGGGCCCGCUGGCGCUGGGGGGCAGCUGCCAGAAGCACCCGGGCCGGCUGGUGCAGCUCUACUGCCGCAUGUGCCGCCGCGCCGGGUGCGGGCAGUGCGUGUCUGAGGAGCACCAAGGCAUCUUCCACUCCGUCAACCUCAUAGACACGGUGUACCAGGAGGAGAAAUUAACCUUCUUCAGUAGUCUGAAAAAAAUGAGAAUAAUAAAUGAGAAGCUGAUGAAUGAAGUCUCAAGUCAUCCAAAUGAUACUGAUAUGCUGGUGAAUAGUGAAGCAGACAUAAUUGCACUGGAAUUUGGAGAAAUUUUCAGAACUCUGGAAAUGAAGAAGCAGCAAUUGAUAGAAGAUCUUGAAAAUCAAAGAAGUAAAAAAGAGAAGGAGUUUCAGAUUUGGAAGAAGAUGAAGGAAACUCACAAGAAAACCAUUGAGAAUUUUUUGAAGGAUUGUGAAAAGCUUGUACAUGAAUGUGACCCUCAGCGUUUCCUGGAGGUGGCCUGUGGCUUGAAUGCAAGAAUGAAGACUCAGCUUGACCUGAUGAGUAUAGCAUCCAGCUAUGAAAAACCACCAGAGUAUACUCAGAAGAAAAUGGAUAUCAAACCGGUGGUUAAUGAAAUCUUGGCUUUGAAGUUAGUGCCAGUUAAUGUGGGCAUGGUUAAAGACCUAUCUUCUGGAGGAAAUCAGAACUCAACAAAAAAUACUAUAAAGCAAUGGCAGGACCAGAAGAAUAUACUCAAAAUGUUUAUUCCAGUAGCAGGACAAGAGGAAGCACUGGCAGACGGUCGCAGGAUCUGUACUCGCUUCAUGUCAAUUUCAGAAAUGGCAGCGUUUCAAAAUAUGAGUCAUGAGGAGCUACGUUACAAAUACUACAUGGAACAUCAGAAACUCGCUGAUGAGUUCAAGGCACAAACUUUACCUGCAAAUAAGAAGCAUAAAUUUGUGGCUGCUGGAUCUCCUAAGGAUAAGACCUCAGGAAUUCCGUCUGUAUCUUUACCUACCACAGCAAGUAACAGAAAUAGAGUGAAUAUGGGAAUCCUGCAAAAAGAAGGUGGUUUUGAUGAGUUAAAUUGUUUUGGAACCAGUAAUCAUAGGAUCCCAUCCACCGCUACUAACUUUUCUGAACAAAAUGGUAACUUCAGCUUAGCUCAUGAGAGAGGUUCUGAGGAAACAACCACUCCAGCCUUAUCAGAAAACUUGAAAGAUUUAUUAAUUAGAGAAAAAAUGCCAAUGCAGUCAUCAGCAGUUACUGUUCCAAAUGGAAUGGACACAAAUUCUAGCAUUUUGGGAGGCUUAAAACCAGCAGCAUCAGGAGCUGUUGCUGUUUCAAAUUCAGAAUUUUUAGAUGUUUCUGCAGAGACACCUGCUUCACCAUUUGCUUUUGGUGCAUGUAGCAAUUCACUACCCAGAUUUAUUAAAAAUGCAGCUACAUUUUCUUUUAAAAAGGAAGACAGUAAAUAUAUUUUCCCUAAAUUUUAUCUAGGGAAAUGUGAUCAUGAAGCUAAAACAGAUAACCAGGAUGAAAGCAAAUUUGGAAAACAUAGUUCUGUAACUAAAACCACAGUUUCUGAUGCUUCAAACAGUUGUAAUAUAGAAUCAGCAGAAAAUGAGAAAAUGUUUUUUCCAUUUCCCUUUAGCAAUUCAGAAAGAAAUUCUUCUGCAGUAUCGGGAGUCAGCAAUUCAUUCAAGCUUUUAUCAUUAUCCUCACUUUUCAACCAAUCUGAGAAGCCAGCUGACCAAAACACAUUAUCUCACAUGGUAGAAAAUGCAUUUUCUCCAAAGAAAACUGUAGAAAAUGAUAUGCUGAAACCAUCUGUCUCAGUGGAGCAAAAAGCUAAUGCAUCAGAAUCCAUCAUAACUGCACCUUGCAGUACUUCAGAAACCGGCAUUGCAGCUGGGGUGGAUGAUGUCUCAGAGUCUCCCCUUCUCCCCAGCACGUGUGCAUUUUCCUUCAAAACUAACUGUUUUCAGUUGCCAUCACCAGUAUUUUCGUUGGGAAAUAUUGUUAAAAAUGCAACUGAUUCACUGAGUUCAUCCUCUGUUUUUUUGUCUAGCAAUGGUACUGAAAAAAGUGAACAAGAGAAGAUGAAAUCUCUUGACAAAACACCUCUAAAUAUAGUAAAGUCUGCAUCUCCAGAGUGUGCAGAGGCUGCAUCUGGGCACAGUCACCCAAAAGUUGAAGGUUCUUUUCCAAUGGACUCGUCUAAGAAAACAGAAAGUGCAGAAAUACUUGCUGAUAGUAAUUCUUCUUGUAGUCCACCUUUAUGUUCAGCUGUCCUUCCUGUUAAAAAUGAGAAUGCAUCAUCCACUCACCUUACUAUCGCUUCAACGCAACAGGAAGUAAAGAUAAAACAUCAAGAAAGUAUUGCUGAAAACAACUGUUCUGUUCCUGGGAGGGAAGAUGAACUUGAGUCCAGAAUGCUUCAGAAUGCAGAUUGUUCUGCUCCUGGCACGUGCAAUGAUUCAGUUUCAAGAGCUUCUGUACUUACAGUAAACGAGUCUGGAGGAAUGCUGAGUGAUAGUGAUUCUGACACUGAAGAGCUAAGUCAAACGUCUGUGUCUAGUGAUACCAGCAAUGUAUCGGAAUAUUUUUCUGUUGCAGAAGACAAAAUACCUACUAGAAGAAAAUCAGAGGCAUGAAGAGAGGGUGAAAUGGAACACAGCUAUGUUUAAGUAAGACAGAAUUAAAUAAACACUACAGCGAGGAUAUGACUUGUCCUGUAUGAAUCUUGUGAUUUAUGUAUCUGAUAAAAACAUACUUGAUUAUCAGCAUAUACCAUAUACUAACUUUUGUAGCACAAUCCAAACUGAAAAUGAAGUCUUUAAUAAGACAUUUUCAGUUAAAUAUGACCACACAUCUUAUAUCAUUAAGAACGAAGACCUUCCAGGAAGUGCCACUGGUGUAUGUAGGGGUGGUAGGGGGGUUAAGGUGUCCCAGAAGGCAGGCACAAUGAAGCCUCAGCAACAUGAAGCAGAAUGUUGCUGCUUUAGUACAACAGCACUUGCACUAUGGUUGUGUCAGUAAGAGAGUAUUGACAAUAUUGUUCUGAUAAACAUGGAAGAUGAGCCAUGGUGAAAAUAAAGGACAUUACUGAAAAUCUUC